AUGCUCUCUCUAACCUAACCUAACCCAACGAGCAACCCAAAAAGUGGAGGGAAAACCUUCGUUCAGGUCGAGGGCAACAACAACACAGUCGCUUAUUACGCAAGUUUCCAUCCACGUAAUCUUAAGCCCAAGAUCAUCCGCAUUCAUCAUGGUCAGGGCCUCGCCUGCUGCGGGUUUGUCCCGCCGCCAGCCUUUCAUCAGCGACUUCUUUAAUCGCACCCCUAACCCCGGCCAAGGCCCGAACCAUCCACGGCCUUCCCCGUUGAAAGGGGCUAAGAAGACUAACCCCGAGUUCAAGUUGGCUGCUGGAAAUGCCCAUGAGAGUGGGCCUAAGCUGUUGCGCACCAGCCCUCGUCAGCCCACGCCCACCGCGAACCAGGGUCCUCCUCCGGGAACGCUCAAGGCCCAUGAGGGUCACAUGGUAGGCGUGUCGCCCUUACCGACGUCCUCCCUCUCAGUGGAGGCUCAAGCGAAAAGAUCCAAUCAGCGAGAAGUGCUCAAGCAAUAUCCCUUGUCGACCAUGGUGUGGGCCAAGUUCUCGAAAUAUCCGCCUUGGCCGGCUCUUGUCAGCGCGGAUCCCAUCAGCCAAAUGACUUACGACAAUGAAGAGGAUUGGCUUCAUGUAUUAUUUUUGGACGACCCACCCACCCGGGCUUGGGUCCCAUUGGAGGGCGUGGAGAUCAUGAAACUCUCCUCUCUGAGCGAAGAGUCGAGUGGCAAGAAGCCUAGAGGCCGAUGGGCCCAGGCGUUGAUCCGAGCCAAAAAGCGGGCCAUCCAGGUCUUGAAGCAAGGGUUACCUCAGCGCCGAAAGUUCCUGUUGACCUUGGAGAAGAACAUCAUGAAUGGUUCCAAAGAUUCCGAAGACUCGGCCCCUGAUGUCCAUGAAAUAGCUGAAGGCGAUGAAGAAAGAGAGAAUCAAUCGCCAAAGGUUAACAGAAAGCGAAAAAAGAACGCGUCCAAACGAGAUAUGAAGGGCAAAAGAUUGAAGAGGGAUCCUUCACCCGUCAACUCUUUGGAAGAGACGACUACACCUUCGCACGGGGAAGAAAAUGGGCUCUCUGAAUACGAAUUAAUCCGCCUGAAGAAUAUCGAAGCUCGGCAGAAAAUGUUUGCCGAACUAGAAAUUGGUCAAUUGAAGAAAAGUUUGUCCGAUUCUUUUUCUCAAAUUAAAUCUUACAACGCCUCACAACGCGGAUUAGCGGCCAAAAAAGACAAAGCGGAAGAUUUGCCCAGGCGACAGUCCUUGAGGCUAAAGAAGAUCGAUGCCGACACAGGUCUACAGUUGCCCGAUAAGGAACCCACCACUUACGUUCUCCCGGAUGAGCAUCCGCGCCAGGCUUUGGCCCCUCUAGGCCUUUCUGAUUUAUUGACCGAGGCGGGGGAAGAAGGGUCCAAAUUAACAACCAGCCGAAGAUUUCUUGAAUCAUUAGAGGAAACCUUGAGAAAACCCGUCACCAACAACAAUUCAUCUUUUGGAACCGAUUUCAAGGACACUUCAGCCGCCCUUUCGAAGCUCCAGAUCAAGCCGGAGCAAGUGGCAAAAGUCGUACCUGAUCGGAUCUUUUCGCUUGACAUUCACCCCACCGAGGAUAAACUACUCGUGGCUGUUGGAGGAAAAUGGGGCGGGCUAGGAUUAUGGGAUGUCAAAGACGUGGACUCAGCCUCGAAUGGAGUUCACUUAUUCAUGCCACACUCUCGCCCAGUGAAUUGCCUCUCUUUCGAUACAUUCCAAUGCAACCGCUUAAUCUCGACUUCUUACGAUGGAACCGUCCGAGCUCUUGAUGUCCAACAACAGAGAGUGAAUUUAUUAUACGGGGAUGAAAACGACUCCGUCUAUACCUGCUAUCAUCGGCAAAUUGACGCCCACACAUUUGUGGUGGCAUUGGGUAACUCUGGCGAUGCUGCCAUCAUCGAUACAAGAAAAGACAACCGGGAGUUCUCGUCCAGAUUCUCUGUGGCAAGAAGCGGAUCCGUAAAAACCGUGGAUAUUCAUCCUUGUCUACCUGAGAAGCUCCUUACAACCACAAGCAGAGGGGACUGUCAAAUCUUUGAUAUCCGAUCGACCAAGACGAGCACUCACGGUGUCUUGCCUACCUGGUUAGACUUGACAGGCCACACCAAGGCUCUCAGCUCAGCCUUUUUUUCACCCGUGAAAGGAAGCUCGAUCGUUACCGUCUCUUACGACAACAAGUUAAGAUUGUACAAAUCAUGGGGUUCUUCCGCCAGUAUUUCACCUUAUUCCAGUAUCGAUCACAACAAUCAAACGGGUCGAUGGUUAUCCACUUUUAAAGCCCGAUGGCAUCCUCGCAGAGAUGACUUGUUUUUUGUUGGCUGCAUGAGUCAUCCCAGGCAAAUUAACGCUUACUCGGAUCAAGGUUUCCAAUAUCCGAGUCUGAUGGGCGAGGAUCUGGGCUCCAUUUGCUCCAUUGUGGUCAGCCAUCCCUCCCAGGAUAUUGUUGUGGGCGGGAAUUCCUCAGGUCGAGUCCACGUGUUCAUGUAGUUCUUUUUACUACUUCAAAUUGUCUUUGUAUCCGAAUUUCGAAAUAUAACACUCUAAUUUA